AUGCUUCGCUCACACAUGGAGCACGCGGUGCCGCUGUAUUCACCAGUGCAAGCAAGCGCAACUUCUUCAUCCGUGCCGCAGUUAGUGGCAUUGGAGGUGUCUUUUGGUGGGGGUAACAGCUUGGCAAGCAUUUCUCUGAUUUCGCCAUGUGCCUGCACUGGCACUCAAGCGUAUGUGCAUCUUGCGUGUUUAAGACAAUGGCAAUGGGCUGUGAUGGCAUCUCGACAUCCUGGGACGAACUACACCCCAGCACUUGUAUGUUCCGUCUGCACGCAACGCUUCUCGGUAGCGCCUCCUCGUUUAUCAAUAGGUCUCAGACUGCUUCGCCUGAUCGAGUUCUACUCGCGAGAGCUCACAGGCUUCUUCGUUUUCCUGGUUACCUGCUAUGUCUUGUUGGUGUUUCACAUGGAGUUCGCCACGCUCAUUUUCCAGCUCCACUCUCUAUUCCACACUAUCUCCAGAACACUCUGGCGUGAAGGUGCAUCUGUUUCCGUACAUCCUGGAAUGCUUUUGGUUGCCUCUCCCUCCAUGCCAAUCGCAGCCUCCAUCUUUUAUCAGUCAGUGGUGCUGUUGUAUGAUUAUCAUCCGUCAGUCGGAAUAAGUGGCAUCGUUAUUAACAAGCCCAUGCAGGAUGAUGAAUUAGGAUCACACCUCCUGGACCUUCCUAAAUCCCGCGAGCAAGACGAAUAUGCUGCCGCUGCUCCUGUGCGAAACUCAGCCAUGCUCGCAGCCCUGAUGGAGGCUGGUCGCGCCAAGUCCUGCCAGGCCUGA